ACUAGAUUGAGAGGUGUCUUUGCUUGGAUUCAGAAUAAUUCAGAUGACUAAUCCGAGUUAGGAAGAUGGUUGUUUUAUGCUGUGCUCCGCAUGUUUUACAUGUCAGUCUUGUGUGGGAUUCCGAUUGAGUUAAAUUUGAUAAACUGUAUUAUUGCAGCAUACGUACCAGCAAGUGUAUGAAGGCUGUCUUUUGACUGCCAAGUGAAGUACAGUAUCAAUUCAAUUCAUUAUUGAACAUACAUGUAUGGACAGUGUACCUGUUUUUACAAGUGUUUUCAGGCUCUGGAGACUACAUUGACAUGCUACACGUAUUUCUGUUGGGAGUGUUCUCAAGUGUGAUCUGGUUUUCAAGCAGUUAGACUUUAUGGAGGAGGGAGCUGUAAAUAAAUCACUUCUCAGAGUAAAGUAUACCAAAUAUCCAGGGCAUCAACUGCUGAACUAGCUGGCAUGUGUGGGCCGAGAUGCUUUACAAUUAAGUGAUAUAGAAGCUUACACGUACAACUUUCAUCACUGAGUGGACAGAGCACUGUACAUAGACAUCAGUCUGGUAUGAAAUGCUUUAAAGCCUUUGCCCACUGCCAAUAGAGGGCAGUGUUGUUUAAUAUGACUCAUGAUGUCAUAGUACUUCAGGGGACACAUGUUUAACCAGAGUAGAGUACACCUCCUGUGUAUUGAACAAUGAACGAUGAACAUGUUUGUCAUGCUAAGGACACUGUAAAGAUUGUUUUGGAGUUGGUUUUAUACUUUUUAAUUCAAAUGUGUUAGAAUACCCUGAUUGAUUACAUCUACUUGGAGCUGGACCUACCUACCUACCUGUACAAGUAUAUAAAUAUGAUCUUCAAUGGACAUUUGUUUGAUACUGGAUAUGAAACUUCAUGAGGAACACAAUGGGACAAUGCAACCUUCCUAACAUGCAAUGAUGUAAAAGUUAGCAAAAAAAACCCUGAAACAUGAGAAGUUAGGAUAACUUAGUUUACUACAGCCUGAUGCAGUGUAUGUCUGUUGGCAUUUUCCUCUUGAGAAAGUAAAUUUAAAAUGACAGUGAUUUGCUAUGGAUAUGAUGUGGGUGUCAGAUGUGCUGGGUGCAAUAAUAGGGAUAGAUGAUGAAGAUGAUUCUACAUUCACUGUAACAGUGGACCAGAAGACAUUUCACUUUCAGGCCCAGAGUGCAGAGGAGAGGGAGCAGUGGGUGACAGCAUUAGAAGAAACGGUCUUGAGACACAAGCAAGCGCCAAAGUACGGAUUGCCCCUCCCCCGCACCACCCCCUCCGUUCGAGACUUUGAACGGAAACUCUUUGAGGCAGACGCCUACCUCCAGAUCCUGAUCACACAGGUGGAGAGCCUAGAGGACCGAAUCAAUAAGAUGCAGAAUGCUCAAGAAAGGACACACCAUGAAAAGCUACAAGAAAAUGGGAAGGCAAUGAUUGAAUCGGUGAAGCAGGCAAUUGUUCUACUUCAAGUAGCAAAGAAUACAUUGAAUCCUGUCAAUGGUUUUCUUCAGCCAGAGAUGUUGUUGGAUGAUGAUAAUACUACCACUGCCAAUGUGCCUUCACAACACAAAAAAGGUAGUCCGGAUGCGAGCAUAGACUCAGCUGAAGAGGUGCUAGAAGCUCACAUGUCCCCCCACCUUCUCCUGCAUAGUGCCACCAUGGCUGCCCCUGUGUCACCCAUGUCUUCUGCACCUCUCUCUAUGAUACGCCACCCUCGGCAGGACAUCCCUGUCCUCUCAUACUCAAGCUCAGAUGAAGAUGAUUUCUUUGAUGCAGAUGAGUAUCAGGAGGGUGAAGAAAAUGACAAAGUAUUCCAUAGAAACCCAGAGAAGGUUGAGGAGAGAUUGAUGCAAAACAGAGCAAGGCAAGAUAGCUGUCCUGAAGAUGAAGAUUCUAUUGACUUACAGAAGCAUGGUAGCAUCAUCACACAUCUUCUUUCUCAAGUCCGGCUUGGAAUGGAUCUCACCAAAGUUGUUCUUCCUACCUUCAUCUUAGAGACAAGGUCGUUACUGGAGAUGUAUGCGGACUUCUUUGCACAUCCAGAACUGUUUGCAGAUAUCUCAGACAUUGACAACCCCCGGGAGAGAAUGGUCCAGGUUGUGCGGUGGUACCUCUCUGCCUUCCAUGCCGGUAGGCAAAGCUCUGUCGCCAAGAAACCAUACAACCCUAUCUUAGGGGAGACCUUUCAGUGUUACUGGGAUCUCAAAGGUGAUAGUCCAGCCGAAUCAGUCAAGAAUGAAGUGCCAGAAGGUCCAGUACCGUGGGCGGGAUCAGACCAAGUGUCCUUCAUGGCUGAGCAAGUAUCCCAUCAUCCACCAAUUUCUGCCUUCUAUGCUGAGUGUCCUGACAAACAAAUGUCCAUCAGUGGUCAUAUAUGGACCAAGUCCAAGUUUCUAGGCUUGUCAAUAGGUGUUGAGAUGGUUGGCCAAGCAUGUUGCUCAGACCUGAAGCAUGAGGAGGAGUAUAUCAUGACAUUCCCUAAUGGCUAUGGUCGCUCCAUCCUUACGAUACCAUGGUUUGAGCUUGGGGGCAAGUGUAACAUCAACUGCGCCAAGACAGGCUACUCUGCGCUGGUCUCGUUUCAAACCAAGCCUUUCUACGGUGGCAAGAAGCAUCGUGUUGUUGCAGAAAUAAAGCAUGUAUCAGAUUACAAGCCUUUCGUCACAGUGGAAGGGGAGUGGAAUGGUGUAAUGACUACCAAAGGAGCGUCAGGGGAACCUAUUGUGUUUGUGGAUACCAAAGAGAUGAAGGUGAACAGAAAAAGAGUGCGACCUGUUGACAAUCAAGAUCCUUAUGAAUCAAGAAAACUGUGGAAAGAUGUAACAAGCAAUCUCAAGACACAGGAAAUUGAAGCAGCUACAGAUGCCAAGCAUUUCUUGGAAGAAAGGCAGAGAAGAGAGGCUAAGGAGAGAUUAGCAGAAGGAACCAAGUGGGAUACCAAAUUUUUCCAUGAAGAUGGUGAAUGUUGGAUCUAUGACAAUCCGCUCUUGAAGAGAGUUCAGGCCCAAAAAGCCAGGAGUGCAAAGAACGCCACCCCGUCCCCUCAGCACACCCCUACCACCAAGGGUAAGCUAAGCAACCAUCAGAAUGGUAUCGAUACAGCAUCAACGGGUCAUUCUAGCCCCUCCUUGGCCCCUUCCCAGGUCUCUGCCACCGCUUCCAGCCCUCAGAAAGCAGCUUCUCAGGAAACCCAGGAUCUAUUACAAUGAAAGCUUCAAGUUUUUUUAAUGAUGGGUCAACUUUGAACUAUAGACAUUUUACCUCCCUCAAGUGAUAUGAGGAUACCCUUGUAAGAAUAAUGGAAUGGUCUGCUUGAUGCAUCGUCCUUUUCACUAAGAUCAGUCCCAUUUAAAGCGAAGGGGGUUUCAGUGGUUGCAAUAUGCAUGGCUGUUAUCACCAUCAUCCUCCUCUCUUGAAAUGCAAGACGGAUGAUCUGGAUUGUUACUCAUGGGACGGACCUAUGGUAUUAAUGCAAGACGGAUGAUCUGGAUUGUUACUCAUGGGACGGACCUAUGGUAUUAAUGCAAGACGGAUGAUCUGGAUUGUUACUCAUGGGACCUAUGGUAUUGUGUCAAUAUCAAAGGAGCGCAUAAUAUGAACUUAUCACGAGAGUCAUUAAUAUGUAUUGCUUUAUAAGGUUUGUUUAUAUGUACGUACAGUGUAGUAUGUACAUGUCCCUCUGGUAUGACAGUGUGAGGUACUUUAGACUGUACCAUUUGAAGAGGGGUAUCCCGGAGCCGAAAUGGCAGGAUUGUCUUUGACGUACUUGUAAUUCACCCCUCUAAAGAUAAAGGAACAGUCCUGGUAACAUGUAUGCAAUAGUUAUGCUAGGUCAUGGACAAAUCUUAUAGUUAAUGUAUGAUAAAACUUGCGGAUACAUUACUCUGGGUAGCCAUAAGAUUGAAUCUUCUUAAUUAAUACACUAUUCAUUUCGAUACUUUGUAAGUAAAUCUGGUAUCCUAAUUGAUAUAAUGAUAAAUGAUGCAAGUUUUGUAAUGGUUGUUAGGUACUGUGAGAGUUAUUGUUUCAGUUUUAUAUUAUUUUAUUGUGAUCAGGUAAGUAUAUUCUGACUUGUCACAGUAAGUAUCAAUGCAUUCCGUUUCUCUGUUUUUAGCAGUCAAACUCUGUUACAUGUAAGUGUAGUGGCCUUAAGAACUUCAGUCAUUUUAUAUAUUACAGCAGUAUAAAUGAAACAUAUCAAUAUUGUAAAGUUGUACAGAUGAAAGAUAAUAUAUAUAUAUGAAAUUGCCAUGACAUGCUGGAACUUUAAAUUCUCUUGAAAGAAAGUCUUAUCUUCUGGUUCCAGAAAGGCCAUGUAGUUUUGUAUAUGUUUAUUUUGAUUUCAUAUCUGUCGUUCAUUCUCUCCAUUCUCAAUUUUAUUUUAACAACAUCAUUUGUGUUGUUGUAAGAUAAUAUGUGUUUUAUUUGUGCCGAAUAAUGAUGAUAAUAAUGAUGAUAAAGACGGUCAUUUAGGUUUGCUAACAAAUUUUUACCACUAGCGCUUAUAGAAUUACAGAAUGUGAAGAGAAACAUGAAAUACAUAGACUCGUAAAAAUAGGUAAAUUACAGUAAGUUACUGGGAAGAAGUAGGGUUUAAAGUACCGGUAGACAUUGUAAGAAAGUCACAAAUAUGACAAAUAAUGUAUCACUAGAAAACCAGGAAGCUUACAGAUGACAGUGGUAUCAAACUUUGAAAUUAACUGUGAAUAAUUAAACAAAUUAACACAAAUAAAAGUACCUCUCAGGAUCUGGGAUAUACACGUGCACCGCCAGAAAAUUUAGGAAUGUGUGGAUGACGUCAAAUUGGGGUCUAAUCCUACAUAAGCAGAUCAUAUCCUUUGAAGGUACUAUGUCCCAUUU